UAUUUUGUCGCUCGAAACGCUAGCACGCGGAACGGCUGAAUGUGGCCAACGUGGGUUUCCUUCUUUUUGAUUUCACCCAACUAGUCAACUAGCCAAUGAAGCAGUCGAAGUCGAUAUCAUAGUUGUUAGUUGAGUGCGGGGAAAACGAUUGCAAAGUUGUAGCAUACUUUGAUGCGCACAUUGGAAAAGUUUCCCUUUUUCGUACACAUUUUCCCUAUAAAUUAUUGAAAGUUGGCGAGAGAGUGAUAAAAAACACAUUAGUUUAAUGCAGCCGUCUCCCGUCUCCCAUGUGCGGGCUACACUUCAAAACGCGUAACAGUCCGUCUCAAAAGACGUCCCUCCGUUGGGGCGACUGCUGCUGGUGCCGCCGGUGUAAUUCCUAAAAUCGCAUUGUUGAUUCCUAUAUUAAAGUAGAAUCUAGUUGAAACUGUUAUUAUUAUUAUUAUUAUCGAAUUUUCUUAUUGUGGUUCGCUUUGGAGGAUCUGUGAUCGGAACGGUGAAACUACAAGUUUGGUUUAUAAAAGAAAAUGUUGCAUAAGUUGAGGUUGAGGCACAUUUGAUUGGCGCGCAUCUUUUGCCAUCGAGACGACUAAAGAAUAACGCGUCGCCCACAGGCCUUGCGACAACGCUGCCAAUUUGAACUUGGUGGUAAAGCGGGUAAAGGUCAAACUUAUUCCUAGAGUGUCAAGUAACAACAAGGCAGAACAAGAGAGCGUGAAAUAAAUUGGACUCUAGCUAGGAGGUGGUCUUUCCAUAAACUUCAACAAUGAUUAACGUUGCUGGCGUUGUGAGCAUUGUGCUCUUCUAUCUGCUGAUUCUGGUGGUCGGUAUUUGGGCAGGGCGCAAGAAGCAGUCGGGCAAUGAUUCAGAGGAGGAGGUUAUGUUGGCUGGACGCUCGAUUGGAUUGUUUGUUGGCAUUUUCACCAUGACAGCCACCUGGGUGGGUGGCGGAUACAUUAAUGGCACUGCGGAGGCGAUCUAUACUUCGGGCCUGGUGUGGUGUCAGGCGCCCUUCGGCUAUGCCCUUAGUUUGGUGUUCGGUGGCAUCUUUUUUGCCAAUCCGAUGCGCAAACAGGGGUAUAUUACCAUGCUGGAUCCAUUGCAGGACUCGUUUGGCGAACGAAUGGGCGGCCUCCUCUUCUUGCCUGCCCUCUGUGGCGAGGUAUUCUGGGCUGCGGGAAUUCUGGCCGCACUGGGUGCCACUUUGUCGGUCAUCAUAGACAUGGAUCAUCGCACUUCUGUGAUUUUGUCGUCAUGCAUUGCCAUUUUCUACACACUCUUCGGCGGCCUCUAUUCGGUGGCAUAUACGGAUGUGAUCCAGCUAUUCUGUAUUUUCAUUGGUCUGUGGAUGUGUAUACCAUUUGCCUGGACCAAUGAGCAUGUGCGCAGUCUAAGCGACAUGGAUGUGGACUGGAUUGGGCAUGUGGAGCCGAAGCAACGGUGGUUUUACAUAGACUACGGCCUACUUUUAGUCUUCGGUGGUAUUCCCUGGCAGGUCUAUUUCCAGCGUGUUCUCUCUAGCAAGACAGCAGGGAGGGCCCAAUUGUUGUCCUAUGUAGCUGCAGCGGGAUGCAUCCUAAUGGCCAUACCGCCCGUCUUAAUUGGAGCAAUAGCCAAAGCAACGCCUUGGAAUGAGACGGAUUAUAAGGGUCCCUAUCCACUCACCGUGGACGAGACAAGCAUGAUUUUGCCAAUGGUAUUGCAAUAUCUGACGCCGGAUUUUGUCUCAUUCUUUGGUCUGGGAGCCGUCUCUGCCGCUGUCAUGUCCUCGGCCGACUCCUCGGUGCUCUCGGCCGCCUCCAUGUUUGCACGCAAUGUUUACAAAUUGAUUUUCCGUCAGAAGGCGUCCGAAAUGGAAAUCAUUUGGGUAAUGCGCGUCGCCAUCAUUGUGGUUGGCAUAUUGGCCACCAUAAUGGCCCUCACCAUUCCCUCGAUAUACGGCUUAUGGUCCAUGUGUUCGGACUUAGUCUACGUUAUCCUGUUUCCCCAACUGCUGAUGGUGGUGCACUUUAAGAAGCACUGCAACACCUACGGAAGUUUGGCUGCGUACAUUGUGGCCUUGUUAAUCCGCUUGUCCGGUGGCGAGGCCAUCUUAGGACUACCCGCCUUUAUCAAGUAUCCCGGAUACGAUGAGGAGGAAAAGCAACAGAUGUUCCCCUUUCGCACAAUGGCCAUGUUGCUCAGCCUAAUCACACUGGUCUUUGUCUCCUGGUGGACCAAAAUGAUGUUUGAAUCGGGUAAAUUGCCGCCAAGCUAUGAUUACUUCCGCUGUGUGGUCAACAUACCCGAAGAUGUGCAACGUGUGGACGACCAGUCCGAAUCUGGCGAGCAAUUGUCGGUAAUGGCUGGUCCCCUGGCACGAUCCUACGGUGCUGCGACUAUGGCUGGCAAGGAUGAGCGAAACGGGCGGAUUAAUCCAGCUCUGGAAUCCGAUGAUGACCUACCAGUUGCCGAGGCCCGACGCCUAAAUCAGCAAACAGCCCAGGCUCAAGUACAAAAAAUGCUGGACAAGGCCACGGGCAGUGGGGGUGGUCAGGUAAGUCAGUCCAUGCCCACGCCAGAGCAGGACAAUACUGCUUUCUGAGCAAUGGCAAUGGAUUAGGGACUAGAUUGAAUUGCACAGUAUUUUAACUAGUUCGCCUACAACUAUGCAAUAUAUUUUGUUUAAACUUCAUUUGAUUAAGUUGCGCUUGUUUAGAAACGGAGGCGGUCUAAACCAGAGUGGGCGGGGCUGAUGAUGUUGAUAGUGAAAAGUAUUUUGAAACACACAAGUGCUCAGGUAAAACAGUGCAGAAUGUUGAGAACGUAGAACUUAUUUAUAAUUUUGCCAAGUUGUUGUGUAGAUUUUUAUGUUUGAAUAACAAUCCUAAAAAAAACAAACGAAAAACAUAUUAAAUGCAUUUCCCAUAAAAAAUGAAGAAAAGAAAAACUGAAAAAUGGACAUUUAAAUAUACGUAUUUAUUGGCAAAGUUUUGGCAACUUGUAAAUCAUGUUUGGAACCAAAAACAAUAUAAAGCCGCAUUCCCCUUGAAAACACAAAGAAAAUAAUGUGAAUCAUGUGUCCUUCCAAAAAAAGAAGAAAACAAACGAUAACGAAAUCAACCAAAACUACAAAAAUGGGCAAACGAUAUAUAAUGAAUACAUAUCAAAAUGAUGACAGACAACAAAUACAUAUCAUGAAUGUAACAGUUUAAUAUGUAAGAGAGAAUAUCUAUAUAUAUAUACAUUGGAUAUUAUAAUAUCUAUCUACAUAUCGUACUAUACAUACAUAUCACUGUUAGUCUAAGCAUACACAAAUAUAAAGCAUACAUAUA